AUGCGCACCGGCGCGCCGUCUGCGUGGGGCGGCGAUCAAAUCGUCCCCGACAUCGACGAUUAUGAGCCCCGCGGCGAUGGCAUCCACCAUCCAAUGCGACGAGUGGUUUACGAGGGCGAUACGUACAUGCUCACCAAGGCGGAGCGCGAUAUCAUCUCGGCUCGUACCAUGGCAAAGGCCCGCGCCGAGAGGAUCAAGCAGGUACGCGAGCAAGAGAGGCUGUGGGCGCGCCACAGGGCUCGCGAGUAUCGCGCGAGCGUGAAGGAUCAUCACGCCGAGCUCAACGCGCAGCUCCACGACGGCUGGGUCAAGGCCAGAGAUGAGAAGCAGAUACAGCUCGAACGCGACUACAGCAACGCCGCCGCGGGGAUCGGGCUCUCCCAUCGAGCCGCACACAGACAGGCCGUGGAGGACAAGAGGAUGCGCGCGACGAAGGCGCACAAGGAGGCGCAAAAGUUCGACGACAAGCUCGUCGCGUUGGAGCGAUUCGAGACGGCACUCAAGAAGGAGUACGAGCGACUGGACGAGCUGGAGUCGGUGCAUUUCAAGGCGAGGGACCGCAGGAACAAGGCCGAGCAGCUCGCCAAGAACGUGAGACUCGCGAUGAAGGAGAAGUGGGAGAAGGAGGAACUGAAGGGCACCCACUCGAGGCGGUGCGCAACCAAGACCCUCACCGAGGGAACCAACAACUUCAGCACCAACAACUUCAGCGCCAGGCGGCUGUAUCGCCCGGACGCCUUCAAGAUGACCCACUUCAACGACAUCAUCGCCAACGCCGACGGCGCCGCGAGGCCCAAGGCCAAGCAGAAGUUCAAGGAGAAGAAGGACGACGGACCUGGUGCGCCAACCGCCUAUGCGGGUGACUGGUUCCCCAGGGACGCGGCCGGCGCUUACGUUGUCAAACGCGAGCAGGUAUUCAGCGCCAAGCUCAAGGCUGAGAGGGAGCAGAAGCGCCUAGAGGAGGAGCGCGAAGAUUUAGCCGAGCAGGCCAAACGGGACCGCGCCAAGGAGCUCAGGAGGUCCGCCAUUGCUAUCAGGUACGAGCGGGAGGAGCGCCAUAAAGAUAAAGAUAAGGCCGCGCUUGACGCCGAGUUUCGUGAAGAGCGCAAGGAGAAGAUCAAGAACAUCGGGAAGACGGACGUUACCAACAUCGACGUGAAGGCUCAGGAAGAGGAGAGGCUAGCGAUGGAGAGGGACUUCCAGUUUAAGGACAUCAAUGAGCCAGCGGGCCUUGCGUCGCAGGUUGAGUCUGAUGCCAAGAAGUUUGACGACGCUAAGCCCUUCGAGGGGAUGUUCGACGAGAAGGUGGAGGAGGCGAGACUGGGCCAAGUGCUGGAGCAGGGCCUCGACCCGGACGAUCCUCUGCUCAAAAUCCUCAGGAUGGCGAAAGACGCUGUGCCCAGGGGCGCCGCCGCGGAAAGGCUCGCGCGUCACGGCGUGGUCGGCGCCACAAUGGAGGAAAUUGCGGCCGUCGCAGCCGGUGGCGACCAGGAGGACGAGUACGACCAGGAUGACGCCGUCUGCCAGCCCGUUCCUUUCCAGGGACCGCCCCCGCCGUCUCCGAGGGUAACGGCGCUCUCGGAGGAUUCCGACUCAGAGGACGAGGACGGUUACACCCCCUCCGGAGGCGCGGGCCUUCCCCCCGGCGAGAGCAACUUUUACUCAGACGCCCAGCUCGACGCGGCGCUCGCCGCCGUGUCCGCGCAAAACAACACCCCAUCGAGGUUCGGGAUCACCGAGGAGGAGGACGAGGAGUUUGUCGCGCGCCGGUCCGCGGAGGAGCUGGAAUUUGUCUCCAGCGCGCUCCAGGACGACACCAUGAACACCACCGGGAUGUUCAGUCGAUCCGCGGAUGACGUCGACGAGUUCUCCGACCUGCACGACCAGGGCGGGUUCGGUUCACCCGAGGAACGCUCGCCCCGCGCGCCGGGUCCCGCCGGCCCGGUGUCAGAGUCUACCGCCGUGGUAUCGACCGUGCCGGGCGCGAGCUCGUCGUCGGGCACCGCGGAGGAGGAGAUGAGGGCGUCGCUCGCGGCGACGACUCGCGCGAUGGACCGGGUCACCGCCGCAGCCGCCGCCGCCGAGUACAACCUUCAGGCGACUUCGCUUCUCGCGUCGAGAGACACCGGCAUGCCCGGUCGCGUGGAGCUGCCCGAGCUCAAACCGCUGGAUGCCAUCCUCGGCGCGCUCGGGAAGCAGGUGGAGGCGCUGGACGCGGCGGCGGCGGCGGCGGCGAGGGCGGCUGCGGAGCCCUACGCCGGCUCGUUUACAUCCUCCGAUAUAAUCUCGCAGGCGGAGGCGUCGUUGGAGGGACGGACCCCGGGUUUAGGGUUCGCUUACGAUGAGACGGUGUCGACGGAGAUGGGCGAUACGAGCGCGAUGUACGCCGCCGCCUCGGCAGCCGCGCUCAACAGCGCUCCACCCACAGAGGCUGGCAGCGCACAGACACCCGAGGGCGGGAGGGGCGACGCCGACGACGGAACUCCGGGGGGCGCGGCCACCGCGACCACCCCGCAGAGCGCGGGAGGUUCGGACUACAAGCUCGAGCCGCAGAGGGACGCGACGUACGCCAUCCCUCACUCCGCGACGCCGAGCGUCGGACAGGGACAGGCGCGAAGGAACUUCCUCGGCACGGAGCCCGAGAUUGCGUCCAUCGCCGCUAAAAUCGCCGCCGCCGCGUAUGCGCAAAACCCGGGCGAGGCUCCCGAGACUGUCGCCAAGCGCGUGGCCGCGGCGAUGUCAGAGGCUUUGGAGGCGCAGAAGGCUCCUCGGGCUCCGAAGCAGCACGGGUCUCCCGCGCUGUGGGACGAGAGCGACGGUAACGUUGACUCGUCCUGGGCGCAGGCGCUGGGCGCGCUCGACAACGAAUGGGCGAGGAGCGUGGUUGACAUUGCGCCGGUACCCAAGGCGACGUCGCCGCCGAGGUACGCCGCGGGCUGCGACGACGACGACGACGACGAAGAGGAAGCGCAGUCCGUGUCCACGCUCGCGCCGCCCCUGCGCGUGCCCCUGGACCCUGAGCCCGCGUCGAAACGACCGGAGGGUGCGAGGGUGGGCGGUGGCGGAUGGGGCAAGCUGGACCGAUCCGCCGACACCGAGAUGUCCCUAUCUCUGGAUGGCAGGUCACUCGCCGCGCUCGCCAACGCCUCUUUCGACGUACCCACCGACGAGGAGAACGACAUGUUCAUCUCCGACUCGGACGUGGAGGGGAGCAACGCGUGGGAGGACUUCAAGACGACGGUGUUCACGCCCACCCGCGCGAAGACGAACCCGGAGCCUCGAACCGCCGCGAAAACAAACCCGGCGAGGUUUAACAAGCCGGCGUCGAAGAAGGGGAAACCGCCCGCCGCGCCCGCGUUCAAGGCGAGGGUGGAGAGGCUGGCGGCGAAGGAGCAGGCCAAGGCUGCGGCGCUCGAGCCGAUGAGCCCCGAGGAUGAAGCUGCAUUGGCUGAGGAGAGGGCGAAGAAGCGCAAAGAGGCUGCCGCGCUGAGGAAGAAGGCUGCGGCGUUUGACAGGAGAAACCGUGAGCACCUCAAGAAGCUGCAGGCGACUAGAAAAAAAUGA